AUGUCUGUGCUUGAAUUGGCGUUAGCCAACAUAAUCGGCUCCUCCAGGAAGAAAGACAUGACUUCCUGGGUUAGAGUGCCAGUUGCUGGUGGCUUCUCACAGUCCACACUUCCGUCUCCACCCCCUUCGUCAGCUGCAUCUGAUGUAGCUCCUCAAUCGCUACUACCCCGAUCUAGAGAUUCACCGCUCAAGCCCGGUGGUCACAAGCAGAGUGGCUUGAUUGACUACGUAGACAACAAACUGCUCAACGUAUCUAGAAGAUACGAGAAGCGAUUCAGCGCGAAGCUUGGGAAUGAGGAUGGAGACAAGGAAGGAAUUCCGAUUGGUGACACGGAGAUGAAGGGCUACAAUGGUUUCGCGGAGAUGGCAAGAGACUUGAAUGCGGUGAUUGAUGUUGUUUGGGUAUCAGGCACUCCUUCACUACAGAUACCAUACUUCUUGACCAUUGCACUCACGACAACUAAUGCCCUGUCUCCAUUUCAGUUUUCUCCACGAGCCACAUUUCUCUUGCUGAAAAGACUUGACGCUGCAUUUUCUUCAUUGCUGCGUGGUGUGAAUGUGGAGACUGGGGAGCAGCUACCUGGAAUUAGAGGCAAGAGAGGCAGGCCAAGCAUUACCGAAAGCAUCAGGUUGAAAUCCAUCGUGGAAAGGACCCGUGUUGCUAUUGUUGAAGCUGCAGGGAAAGGCGAGAGUGUGACCGACGGCGGUAAUGAAUCGGGUACAGACUACGAUGCAAUGACAGAUGAUGACUUCGAUGAUGAUAUGACGAUGCAAGACUUGAGCAUAGAAGACGAGGAUGAUAGGUGGGAGAUGGAAAUUGCAAGAGUCUAUGAGCGGACCGUCACGGAGCUUGGAUCGAUUUUAGAUGUAUCUGAGUCAGGUCCUUUUGGGUGA